AUGACGCCCGUGUGCCUCAUUGGAGGUGGCGCUGACGGCCUGUACGUGAUGGAAGAAGGUAUUAGCCUCCUAGAGAGCUUGAAUGAGCCUGUGGCAAUUAUUUGCUUGGCAGGACAGUAUCGAACAGGCAAAAGCUUCUUUCUCAACCAACUCGCGUCUCAUUGCGACAAGCUGCCAUGGACCAGUAUUAAAGGCAAUAUAGUGACUAAUGACAUUACCAGCUCUGCCUUUUGUGUGGGACCGACAACUGAGUCGUGCACAAGAGGCAUCUGGCUGUGGGCACCGCAGCCUCCAGUACGCAAUCCAUCCGGUCAACUCGUGUUGUUUCUGGAUACCGAGGGCAUGGCAUCUACGGAUAAUGACGAGAGUUACGACGCCAAGAUUUUCUCAUUGGGACUGCUACUAAGCUCGCUCUUUGUGUACAACACGAUGGGUGUGAUCGAUGAAGGUGCCAUUGAUCGUCUGUACCUUGUUUCGGAGCUAACGAAACAUGUUUGUUUUAGUACACAUCCUUGCAAUAUGUCAGCUUCGGCAAGCGCUGUUGGUAGUGGUGUUGCGAGCUCGGAGGAGGCGGUACUGAGCGGUGACAAAUCAGAGGAAUCGCGGGCACUGGCACUGCAUUUUCCGCCAUUCGUAUGGCUUCUCCGUGACUUCGUGCUUGACAUGCAGAUAGAAGGCAACGCUCUGACUGCCAAUCAGUAUCUUGAGAAGGCUUUGGAUGCACGAGUCGUUAGUGCUACAGCUUCUGAGAGCACGAGAUUGCGCCAAGAAGAGCGGAAUCGUACUCGUGCGUCAAUUCGUGCUUUGUUUGGUCGUAGAGAAUGUAUGACGCUUGUUCGACCGGUGACCAAUGAGCGUGACCUCCGCCGCGCAGCAGAUCUACCGGAUGCUGAAUUGCGAUCGGAGUUCGUGGAGCAAAUGUCUGCAGUACGACAUCGCUUGCUUACGUCUGUGAGAGUCAAGGAGCUUCUAGGCAAGGUUUUGCAUGGCCCUCAAGUAGCACAGUUGGCGCGUUGCUACACAAGCACGAUGAACAGUGGAGCUGUUCCGAAUAUUAAAGCAGCCUGGGAGUACGUUUCAGACGCCACCUGCCAAACCGCACUUGCUGCUUCUAUUGAUUUAUAUGAUACGCUAAUGGAGGUCGUCACUGGCAAGAAGCCGUCUACAAAGGCAAACGAUGACAAAAAAACUGAGGAUACAGAUAAAGUGGAAGGAGAUACUGAUGGUGGUGGUAGCGAUGAUGUUGAGGGUAGAACGAAGGUUUUGUCCCAAACAGAGUUUGAGGCAACUUACAAGAACGCUCAGGAGCAAGCGCUGUCGCUGUUUAAAGCUCGAUCGAUUGAGGGCACGUCGCGCACAGUGUGCUUCCAGAAGCUGAAACAGCAUAUGCAUGCCCAGCGCACAAUAUUAAUUGCGCAACUUCAAAGACGCUCCAGCAAAUUCUGUGCGAAAGUGCUAGCCAAGCUGCGCGCAAAGUUUUUGGCUCGCCCUUUGGCUGCGGGCGCAUGGGACGCUGCUGCAAACAAAGAAGAGGCCUUUCAGGCUACAAUGAGCGUGCUGGAAGAAGUAUACAAACGAAAAGCUCGCGGUCCAGCGAAGAAGAAAGUGUUUUACCAGUUUCUGCGUGUCGACUCGCUUGAGUUCUUUGAAGCAUUAUUUCAACGUAUGACUAACAAUCAAGCACAGGAGAAAGCCAAGUGGAAUUACUCUCGAGAGAAACUUGAACUCCAGCAUGCGAACGAUAAAAUGGAGUGGAAGCGACGGCUGCAUGAGAAAACUAUGAAGGUGCAACAGCUUCUGGAAACAAAAAAGUAUCUGGAAGAUAAGAUUGCCACACAGAUUGUACGCAUUUCAGAGAUGCAGUUCUCGUCGCAACAGCAAAUUGCUUCGAUUGCGGAGUUUGACAUUGAACGUAAAAGUUUAAGCGAAGAGAUAGAGCAGCUUCAUGCGGCAGUGACUGGGCUGACAAAUGAUCUGGAGAAAACGCGACUGAGACUACAGCAUAAGGAGGAGUCUCUUGCUAAGGUCGAAUCGGAAGCACGUAGCACAAAGCAAGAACUAACGAAGCUGGCGGAAUCGUUUCGUACAACACAAGUGGGAGAAAAAGCGGACUGGAUUCGUCGCGCUGCUGAUCAGGCGGCCGAAAAAGUAACGCUACGAAAACAUUUAAAGCAGGCGGAGCAUGAAGUUCAGCAGCAAAAGCGUGAAAUAGAGCUGCUAGACAAAGAGCAACGGCAGCUGCAGCAAUUGUAUGAUACUGAAUUGGAUGCUCGAGUUCAGCUCGAAAAAGAGUACGCGAUGCUUCGUGGUGACAACGACGAGAUGAAACGUCAAAUGAAGCAAAUUACGAUGGAGCAUGUCAAUGCUAAGAAGGCUGCGGAGCGCGAGCGUGUAUGCUUGGAAGCACGACUACAACGCUUUCAGAUGCAGCUGGGCCGGCUAGAGUGUAGUCGUGGGGUCGAAGUAGUGCUUCGUGACUGUGUGUCGGAUGUAGUUCGUCUAGCGGAUGAGGAGAGAAUAAUUACGCUGCAAGAGGAGCGGCGAAUACUGCAGGAGCAGUUAGGUGAUCUACACGAGAAAAUAUCGACCCUACCAGACUUUUACGUGCGGCAGAUUUUCUGUGCACCAGAACCGGUGACAAGUUUUUUCGAUGCGCUGACUUUUGGAGUUAGUGAUCCCAGGACAUGGUAA